GAACUUAUAAAAUCGCGCACAAAUUGUAUAACCUGCCUUGGACUUACUACCUAAAUGAAUUAAGGCUUUGUUAAAUCAGUAAUUAUAUAUAUUUUGUCUUGGACAGACAACUAUAAGAAGUGCAAGUUUUCCUAUUCAUUUGAUGAUUAAAAAUGAGCAAGCGACAUUUAAGUAACGGCAACAACAAUGAUAAAAAUAAUAUUAAAAAACCAAGAAAUGAUUCCAAUAAUGGUCAUUAUCAUCAACCAUUGCUAGGUGCUCAAAAUCGUUUACAGUUUGAAAACAAUUUAAAUCAAAAUAAUUCCAAACCAUCAACAAGUCAUCAGAUUCCAAUCAGUAGACAUCAGCUUCCACAACCUCUUUCAAUACAAGAUCUGUAUGACGAUAAUGAAAGUGACGACGAAUAUUUGAUUCUUGCAAGCCAAAAAGUUGAGGAAGAAUUUUCAAAACAAAUAAGUGCGAGUAGCACUCAGCGCAUCAAUAUUCCGAAUAUAAACAAUGACAAACCAAUUAGAAUUGAACACUCGACUCAUAAUAAUUUUAUUGUUGAUAGUCCAUCUCUGUUAUCACAAAAGGAAAACAUAACAGCACAACAAGUGAAAGUGAAAGAGAAUGAAAUCAAGGCACUUAACAAACAUCUUUCGAUUGUCAAGAGGAAUUUCGAGGAUCUGAAAGUGGAAAUGAAUGAUAUGACUCAGAAAGUUAACACUGCAAAAGGAGAAGCAUCCAAUUUAAGACGAGAGAAAAAAAUAUUAGAGGACAAAAUUAAAACUUUACAACUUAAACAAUAUCCUUCACCAAUUCUGCAACAAACCAUUCGAGAUCUUGAAACUCAACUUGAAUUUGCAAAGGUACAAACUACAAAUAAAAAAGCUUCAUUUACCAUACCAGGAAGUUUAAAUAACACUUUGUCGAGAAAUACAAGCGGCGAGUUUAAAAAGAUUAAAAAUUGCUUUACAAUUAACUUACCAAAGCAGUCACUGUCGAAAUCGUUGAAAACUUCAAAAUCGAUCUACGAACAAGAAAAAUUUCAAUGCGAUCCGGCAAAGAUUUUGAAUGAUUGCGAAAUUUUAGAGCUUGUUAUUAACAUGCAACUGACAUUCGCUAAGAUUCAGAAGGAAACGUCGACAAGAAUUGAUAUCAGCACUUCAUUGAUCAACGAGUUGAUUACCAUAACUUCAACUGUAAUUUCUUCGUUCUUUAAUUACGUUAACUACUUGGAAAGUGAAGAAGAUCAAGAAAUAACGUUCGAUGCUUGUCCAAAGUUUUCAGCGAUAUAUUCCUCUGCCAUUCCCUUGUUUCGAGAGAAACUAACAAAAUUCGAUUCUUUAUCCAACGCUCUUCAUAACGAUGAGGGAUUUCUUUCACUUUAUCAAGCGGAUAAUCUUUUCAAAGAAGAAAUUUGUUCAGAUUAUCGUCGCCUCCUAUCAAUUAUAUCGGUGAUUGCAAGAUUUUCAAGAGAAUUCAGUGAAUUUCUUUUGACAGAAAAAAAUGUUUAUCAUGACGCAGAAGGUUCCGUGAAGUGUCAAAAUUUCGUGUCGAUUCUUGUUGAUAUUCUCGAAUUUAAAGUUGCAGAAUCGAACAAUGUUUAUGAUUAUUACGGAAUUGUUAUGACAGCAUCAAGUCUCCUAUCAAAUCUUGGAUUUCAUUAUCAACAUUUUAAUGACAGCAAAGGUUUAAAUGAAAUCUUGUUGAGAUUCUUCCGUGUCAUACUUUCAUGUCGAUGUGAUAAUGCAAUUGUCAUGAAAAAUCUCUCAGAAUUUCUUGUGAAUGCUACAAAGAAUUUUCAUCGGAGCGAUUUGAUCAAGAAUUUUUGUGUCGACUUUCCAAGUUGCAACGUUAUAAAAAAUGAAGCUUUGAAAUGUUGUCAAUAUCCAGAAGCUGCUUGUACAUUCCAAUUAUUCUUCAUGUACUUAUUAACAGCAUUUAAAUUCACUGAAGAAUUGAACAAUUUCGAGUUGAAUCUUGUGGCAGAAACAACACUCAAUCUCAAUAGAAUAACUUUGAACAUUUUACAGCGGGAAAGUGGAAUUAAAUUUUUCAAUUCUGAAAACAUAAAUAAGAAAGACAUUUGCAGUUGUCUUUCGAUGCUUCUGCGUUCACUGUUGGUGCUCAACUAUUUAACUUACACAAAUUCAUACAAGUUUUCAUCGUUUGAAAAAGGAAAUUCUGUACUACUCGUUAAAGCUGAAAUCUCAAGAAGUUUUGUCAUCAUUGUCGCUGAUCUCUUUAAGCUUUUUGAAGAUGGUGAAUAUCCUAUUGAUAGGCUGGCACUAGCUAAUAAUCUGAACCAUUUUUGUUAUCUAAUGAAAACGGAAUCGAUUUGCUCAAAUAAGCAGAAGAAUUUGAAUUGUCACGAAGCUUAUAAAUGGCAAUCUUUACAUUCAAAUGCUCUUGUUAUCGUUCAUUUUGAUCCAGUAAUUGCAAAUGACUACGAAAACCUUAUGGAAGUUGUUGAUAGUGAGAGUAAAUUGGAAUCUCUGGAAAUUUAUAAUGACCUCAUGAAACAAGAAAUUAAGGACAAUUCACCUUUAUAAAAUUAAUUUUCAGUGUUCAAAUUAGUAAUAAAUAUUUCAUGUGCCAUUUCGAAUUUAUUUAAUAAAAUUGUUUUUUUAUAGUUUAACA